AUGGACUUUUUCAACUCAGCUCUCGGAAAAAACAUCACCUUUGUGCGUCCUGCUUAUUUCAUAAUAAGUGGAUUUAUUGGCAUACCUAAUGUCAAGUAUUACUAUGUCUUUCUCUUUUUUGUUUAUGUUGUUUCAGUGCUGGGAAACACAGCUGUGAUGGCUGUAAUAUGCUUGGAUCAUAAUCUGCGAACUCCAAAAUAUGUCGCUGUCUUUAACCUGGCCUUUGCGGACCUGUUUGGUAGCUCUGCUCUGGUGCCGAAGGUUCUCGACAUCUUUCUGUUUAACCACCACUACAUCUCCUACGACGACUGCUUCACGUUCCUUUUUUUCUGCUUCUCCUGUCUUUCAAUGCAGUCUCUUAAUCUGGUUGCACUGUCUUAUGACAGACUGGUGGCCAUCAUCUUUCCUCUGCAUUACCAAGUGAAAGUGACUCACAGAUUCAUGCUGUCUUUGAUCGUCUCUUUCUGGGUCUUUGUUAUAAUUGCUGUACUCAUUGCUGUUGGCCUUCUUACAAGACUUUCUUUCUGUAAGUCUGUGGUUAUUAACAGUUAUUUCUGUGAUCAUGGCCAGAUAUACCGACUGGCCUGCAAUGACUAUACUCCCAGUGCGGUCAUUGCGGUUUUGCUACCAGCUGUUAUUCUUUGGCUUCCACUGGUAUUUAUUGUUUGUACUUACCUAUAUAUUGGCUAUGCAUUGUCUAAAGUGGCCACGGUUCAGGAGAGAGUGAAGGCCUUUAAAACCUGCACAGCUCAUCUUUCAUUAGUGGCAAUCUAUUUCCUACCAAUAUUAGUCACAUUUACCUAUUUGGGAAAUAUACAUCCAAAUGCCAGGAUCAUAAACUUGUCUCUGACGUCCAUCUUUCCUCCCAUGUUGAACCCGAUUAUUUAUGUUCUGCAGACAAGGGAAAUCAAAGAAUCUAUAAAAAGAAUAUUUAAAAUCAGAGUGCAGGCUAAAAUUGCAAUUAAAAAGUAA